AACUAUUCAAGGAAGAUCCCCAAGUAAGCCGAGUUGCACAUUUAUUUGCAAUAUCGCGAGGGAUUCUAUGUGACGUCACAGCCCCAAUGUUUAUUUACAAGAAAUUUCGUCAUUCUGGAAGUAUCCUGUUCCAUUUAGCAGUUAUUUUCCGGUUUUCAGCUGGAGAAAGAAAAAUGAAGUGCUCCAAGAACUAAACUUAUAUAAUUAUUUACUGUAUUAAAAAACUAUUAAGAAGUGUGAAAUUACUUAAAUAUAUUGAUAUUCAGUUGUGAAGGAUUGACUUGUAAUUUUGACCAUGGGAAUGUUUGAUAAAUUAGCAUUUUUCCUUGGCUUGAAGAAAAGAGAAGCUAGUGUUUUAGUCAUAGGCCUGGACAACUCGGGAAAGUCUACCAUGUUGAACCACUUCAAAACAGAAGACCAGAAGACUGCAGAAAUUGUCCCUACUGUUGGCUUCAAUGUUGAAAAGUUUAAAGCCAAAAAUGUUGGUUUUACUGCAUUUGACAUGUCUGGACAAGGUCGUUAUCGUAGUCUUUGGGAGCAUUAUUAUCAUGAUUGUGAAGGUGUAAUAUUUGUAGUCGAUUCAAGUGAUAAACUUCGCCUUGUUGUUGCAAAAGAUGAAUUGGAUAUGUUACUGCAACAUCCAGAGAUGCGUCAUCGUCGGCUGCCUAUCCUAUUCUUUGCUAACAAGAUGGAUGUACGUGAUGCUGUCAGCAGUGUGAAGGUAUCUGCAGCUUUAGGUUUAGAACGAAUUACAGACAAGCCAUGGCAUAUCACUGCUUCAAAUGCUAUUACAGGUGAAGGAUUACAUGAAGGAGUUGAAUGGCUCACCAACCAGAUUAAAGAAAAUGUUGGUAAUAAUAACAGACGUUAGAAUGUCCUGUGAUCAAGUAGUCUUAAUUCUUAUUUUGCAUAGUUUGCAGAAGUGAUAAUAUUAACCUUCGUGCUCGACUUCCUUCAUCAAAGUUUUGAACUUCAGCCAAAUGAAAAUGUGUAUUGAACAAAGCGUCAGCAUUAUUUCUUCACCAUUCAGAUAUCUGCAGUACAUUCUGAAUUAUUCAUUAGAUAUGUUCUUUUUUACAGACAGUAUUUAUGGUUGCACUGGGUCUCCAAAUACUGUACAUUAAAUCAGGUUUGGUGGGAAAAUUGAUCUUAUUUGCCUUUUUGUAAGUAAUGUGUUACUUGGUUUGUCCCCUUCCCAGAUGAUAAAUUAUAAUUUAAUACUGAAGAAAUUAGCCUUUUCCCUUGGAGUUACGUGUGCUUGCUAUUUGAGAAUCAAAUAGUGAGUGUUUCACAGGGUUAGGAGGACUCGCAUGUUGGCUAACUACUGUUUUGCUUAUGGUAGCCAGCUGUUCUACACUUGAUGUGAUAUCGAUGAAACAAUUUUGUAUCUUUGGGAUCUUUUGUGGGUCUAAUACUUUUUACCUGAAUUGACACCAAAGUUUAAAAGUUUAGAUGUUGAGGUCUUAGAUCCAGUAUUUUUAUUAUCUGAAUUCAGUUGUUUUAACUGUCAAAGUUUGUAAUUUUGCUUAAUAAUUUUAACAAAUUGAGUGUGUUGCACGUUUGCUACUGGUGUUAUUCUUUUCAUAACUUAUGUUUUUCAUCAAAUUAAUGUCAUCCUAAUCUUGAAUUUAUUAAAGAUCAAGAUUUUGAUGUAACAAAAGUAUGUUGGUAAUUUUUUAUUUUACAAAUGAAGCACUAAUCAUAAGCAGCAUUGAUGUGUGCUAAUUGUGGUCAUACAGUAUCCUUAUGGAUAGGCUGUGAAGUAUAGUACAUACUUGGAUACUUUUCAGUGGAACUGCAGCAGACUUUAACUGCAGUGUUGAAGUCAUCUAUAAAUGCUUAUAGUAUCCAAGAAGGGUUGGCUGAAAUUUCUGCUUUAUUAACAGUGCAUAAAGCCUCUUGCUGCUAAUGUAUAUUAUCUUUAUAUUGAAAUGCUAUGAAAGGAAAUACAAGUUCUUACAUUUGUGACAGGCUUUUUGUAUUACGUAUAUAUAGGCAAGUCAUAUACAUAUCAUAGAAAGCAAUCAAGCCUUUGAAUUCAUGUAAUAAAUUUUAUGCUUGUUGCCCAAUAUUGUACCUUGUAGCAACAUAACUUUCUGUAUUGGUUAUAAAUGCAGUUUUUCCUCUUGCUUGUUUAAUGUGAUAUGUAACAUCAUUAAAUAAAUUUUUAUGCAAACUUGAUGCAUUGCAUGUCAGAUUUUGAAAUUUAUAUGAAUUUUUAGGUAUAAAAUGAUGAUCUUGAAUUGUGUGUUGCUUCAAUUUAAUUUUAAUUAUUUCAAUUGUUUUCACAACUGAUAAAAAGUAUGUUUUAUUAGGACCAAAACGACAGUUUCAAAGAAGCUGCUUGUGGAAGACAGCUUAAAAAACUUUCUAGUAACACUUCACUAUUUUAUUAAUGCUUGUUAAUAUAUUAUUUUAGCCCAAGUCCUGUCAUUAUAUGCUGUACCUGAUUUUGUUGCGAUUGUAUUUAUGAUGAAUGUUAAUUUUACCAUUUUGUAUUUAUGAUGAAGGUUUAAUUUUACCAUUUUAAGAAGUGGAUUUAUAUCCAUACUAGUCAUUAUCAGUGAAUGUUAUUUUUUUUAAGUUGUAUGCAUUUAAGUGAAGUAAAUAUUAUAGUACUAGUUAUUUAAAAUACAGUACUAACAAAUUGCAAAAUAUUUAUCUUUUAAAAACUAUUAUUUGAUCUCAUGCAUUGUUCAUCCUAUAUGCUGUACCGUAUUAUGUAUAAAACCCAUAUUGAAGUAGGUAUUCAAGUGCAGAAUGUAGUUUCUAAACUUAUUUGUUCUCAAGAUAUAAGCUAAAGCAGCUCUUCAGUGAGGUAUGUACGUAGUAUUUUAAGCACAUUACUUUUAUUUCGGCAUUUCUCAAGAAUUGAAAGUACAGUAAAUUUGAUUAAUGAAACUUUUUCCCUUGGUUCAUCAGAUUGGAGGCAUUUUGCGUUGUUAUUAUUGAUACCGGCUUAAAACAGGUUGCUUAAAUUAUAAAGGGCAUUCAAGGAAAUCUGGCUUCAUGAAAGACCUAUGCAGCAUUUCUAGUGAAAGCAAAUUGUAGAGAAAUCUUGGAAAGUUCUUUAGAACUCUUCCUCCAUACUUAGAGAAAUCUUGGAAAGUUCUUUAGAACUCUUCCUCCAUACUUAGAGAAAUCUUGGAAAGUUCUUUAGAACUCUUCCUCCAUACUCCAUACAUUUGUCAAGAGUUUUCAAAUGUCAUUCUUUAGAGACAAAUACUUGUCAUACAGUAAACAUACAGUUAGUUUGCUAUUAUUACUGGAGCUUUUGAAAGUAAAUCUCUUGGCAAAUUAUCGUAGACAAUCAACCAGAUGGCUUCUUUGCUUGCAUGCAGAAUCAUAUGCACAUUUAAGAAUAUAGCCUGCAGUUUAGGUGAAACUAUAAUUAUGGAAAAGACAUUUUAAGAGAGAAUCCAGUAAAUUGCUGCUGAUUAGUUGAACCUUCAUUUAAAAAAGGUUCAAACACAAGCUUAUGAAAGGAUUUUUUUUUCAUUGAGAAAAAACUAGCUUGAGUGUAAUAGUCUUUCAGGUACUGUCUUAAAUCUUAAUUUAGUGUAGUCUGUAAAGUUUUAUCAUAACCUGAAUUUAAAUUUCACUAUUGGUUAAAGGGAAAAUAGUUUUAGUUUUUAUAUUUUCAUGUUCACACUUAUCACUUCAACUACAAAAAAAAAAAAAAUAAAAAUGGCUCUUGUGAAGGAACAGGUCUCAUUUCAGUUAAGAUAAUUUCCAGCCAGUUGUCCUGUCGAUUUCAAAACUGACUGAUUAGUUAUAUCAGUUAUGUGUUUUUUUUUACAUAAGAAGAACAAGAAGUGUUCUAAUAUUAACGUUCAUUCAUCAAUAAAAUGUUUUCCUUGUUUCCUGUAUUGCACACAUUGGAUGCAAGCAGUUGAUUUAUUUGUUGCUUACAAUACUAUGUUCUUUGUUCUGCUAAAGUCAUGGAAGUGUUGAAUACAGAAAGAGUCUAUUUUUCAAAGCUAAAAGUAUCAAGAGUUCAACUGUAUAAUACCUCUCUGAUUUAAGAAUUGGUGGUAUUAUUUCCAUGCGUACUUACUGAAUAAGCUUUCCCACUUACUCAUUGAUGACAUUGUGUAAUGUGUGUUUAAACUAGUCCGUCCACUUAUAUCCGUCCAUGAAACAAAAACCAAUAGAAGUUAUUUUGAUAUUUUUUGUAAUUUAUUUUUCGUGAAAUUGCACAAAUAAAUUGAUAUUUUGAAA